ACGUGGUUACCUGUUUUCGCGCCACUCGCUGUGAGGGGAAAGUGGUGGCGGGAAAAGAGGGAGCGGCCGUGAGGGGAAAAUCGCGAUCGUGAGGGGAAUAUCGCGACAGGGAAUCGCGAAAGCAGCGGCCCCGCCAUGGCCCCGCGCGACUACGACAGCGAGAAAGAGAAAGCGAAGCGAUUUUUUCAGGAGUUUUACCGGGAUGGACCCGACGGGCGCAAGGAAUUCCCGUACCGGGAGCAGCUGACGGCGCUGGCCCGCCGGGACCAGGUUGCCCUGUGGGUGUCUCUGGACGAUGUGGCCGAGGACGAGCCCGAGCUGGCCGAGGCCGUGGUGGAGAACGUGCGGCGCUAUGGCCGCGUCUUCUCGGAUGCUGUCCAUGAGCUGCUGCCCCAGUUCGGCUCUGCUGAGGCCGCCCCCCGGGACCCCCUGGACGUUUACCUGGAGCAUCGGCUGCUGCUGGAGCAGCGGGGCCGGGCCGGGGGCGCCCCCAGGAGCCCCCAGAACCAAUUCCCGCCGGAGCUGCUGCGGCGCUUCGAGCUGUAUUUCCGCGCCCCCUCGUGCUCCAAGGCCGUGUCCCCGCGGGAGCUCCGCGCCGGCGCCAUCGGCUCCUUGGUGACGGUGCAGGGAGUGGUGACGCGGGCGAGCGAGGUGCGGCCGCUGCUGCGCGUGGCCACCUACAGCUGUGACCAGUGCGGGGCCGAGACAUACCAGCCG